AUGGAAAAGAUUGACUGUGUCGUAGUGGGCGCCGGAUGGUACGGCUUAGGCGCCGCGAAGCAGUAUCACUGCACGCAGCCGCGGUCUUCUCUGGUCAUCUUCGACUCCCAACCCACCCUUGGCGGCACAUGGGCGGAUGAGCGCUUGUACCCAGGCUUGAAGAGCAACAACUUGCUGGGGACAUACGAGUACCCAGACUUCCCCAUGGACAGUGAGACGUUCAACAUUCAACCAGGACAGCACAUUCCCGGCGAGACCAUUCACGCCUACAUCAAAGCGUAUGCGGACAAAUUCGGCAUCGCGGACAAGGUCCGGUCCAGCCGCAAAGUCCUCGUGGCCGAACAUCAAGAGACCGCCGAGGGAGGCUGGGUCCUGACCGUUCUCAAUGCGAACAAGGAAGAGUCCAAGGUGUUUGCUCGCCGACUAAUCGUCGCGACCGGCAUGACCUCGGAGCCAUGGCUGCCUCACUUCGAGGGCCAGGAGUCCUUCGGCGGCCGCAUCUUCCACGGCAAGCAUUUCCAGCAGAACGCCGACACCCUGAAGACGGCGAGUACGGUGACUGUGUUUGGCGGCACCAAGUUCGCCUGGGAUGCGGUCUACGCCUACGCGACUGCCGGGGUGAAGGUCAACUGGGUUAUUCGGUCAACAGGACACGGCCCAUGCUGGAUGGCACCCCCGUUCGUGACGCCGCUGAGCAAGUGGUUGGAGAAGCUUGCCAAUACAAGAAUGCUGACUUGGUUCAGCCCGUGUGUAUGGGGAGAUGCUGAUGGCUACACGGGAAUCCGCGGCUUCCUCCACGGCACUGCUGUUGGCCGGGCCAUUGUCGACACCUUCUGGAAGAUCCUGGGGGGUGACGUGAUGACCCUCAAUGCCUACGACUCGCAUCCAAACACGGCCAAGCUGAAGCCGUGGACCGAGCCCAUGUUCACUGGUCCCAGCUUCAGUAUCCUCAACUACGACACCAACUUCUUCGAGCUCAUCAAGAGCGGAAUCGUCGACGUUCACCUGGGCGAGAUCGAUCGCCUUUCCCCCGGCAAGGUCCAUCUGUCGGACGGGACCGAGUUCGCUGCGGAUGUGCUACUCGCACACACUGGUUGGAAGCAUGUGCCGCCUAUCAAGUUCCUCCCCGAAGGCAUUGAAACGGAACUCGGCCUUCCCCAUGCACCCCCACACGAUGCGCCCCGCGAGGAUCUUGCUGGCCAGACCGACUUGGUCGACCGCGCCGACAAGGAGAUCCUCGAGCGUUUCCCGCGACUCAAGAACCAGCCCGUCUGGAACAAGGCCUACGUCCCACUGACCGAGCAGAAGGGCAUCGACAGCGACGACACAGUCACCCCUUACAAGCCUCUCACGCCGUAUAUGCUUCACCACUUCAUAGUCCCGCCUUCGGAACGCUUCCUACGAACCCGCGACACGGCCUUCGUCGGCAUGGUCAGCAACUUCAGCAACGUCAUCACAGCCCAUCUCCAGGGCCUGUGGAUCAGCGCCUACUUCUCCGGCCUUCUCGUCAACGAUCCCGCGGCGGCCGUGGGCGACGAGGCCGCGUUGGAGAAGCUGCAGUACGACACGAUCGUGAUGAACCGUUUCGGCCACUGGCGCUACCCGACCGACUGGGGCUCCAGCAAGUGCCCCAGCUUCGUCUUUGAUGCCGUUCCGUACCUGGAUUUGCUGCAGCGCGAUCUUGGACUGGGACCGCACCACAAGAAGGGCUUCAUGGCCGAGGUCUACUCGCCCUAUGGACCAGAGGACUACCGAUAUGUCAACGAUGAGUGGCAGAAGAAGUUUGGUGCUGGCAAAGAGGUCGAUGCUUCGAGCUGA